AUGGCGCCCUCCUCGAUAACCGCUCAGCGGAUCGAGGAAGCUCGGACUCUCUCCAAGACCAACCCUUCGAAGGCUGAGAGUACCUUGAAAGAGAUCCUAGCCCAAGGGCCUGGGUCGACGGAAGCUUCCUCUCGCGAUUAUGAGAAUGCUCUGGUCGGAUUGGGAGAGCUGUACAGAGAUGGAAAGAAGCCGCAGGAGAUCGCGGACCUCAUCAAGACCAGCCGGGACUCGUUCUCGUCAUUUGCCAAAGCCAAGACUGCAAAGCUAGUCCGCCAGCUACUGGACUUGUUCAGCGAGAUCCCGAACACGCUCGAUAUCCAGACCUCCGUCAUUCAAUCCUGCAUCGACUGGGCCAUCGCCGAACGCCGGUCUUUCCUUCGACAGAACCUCCAGACCCGUCUGGUGGCCAUUUACAUGCAGAAACAAUCCUACUAUGAUGCUCUCAACCUGAUCGGACCCCUCCUUCGCGAGCUGAAGCGAUUGGAUGAUAAGCUCAUGCUGGUCGAAGUGCAGCUGCUGGAGUCGCGGGUGUAUCACGCCCUGGGUAACCAGGCCAAGGCGCGUGCCGCCUUGACAGCUUCCCGGACAUCGGCCGCGUCCGUCUACACACCUCCCAAUCUGCAAGCCGGCCUGGACAUGCAAAGUGGUAUGCUUCAUGCGGAGGACAAGGACUUCAACACCUCGUACUCCUACUUCAUCGAAGCUUUGGAGGGCUACAGCUCGUUGGACGAGGGCGAGAAGGCGACCGCAACUCUCCAGUACAUGCUACUCUGUAAGAUUAUGCUGAACCUGGUGGAUGACGUGACGAGCCUGCUGGGCUCCAAGCAAGCCCAGAAGUACGCCAGCCCUCGGCUCGAGGCCAUGAAGGCCGUGGCACGUGCUCACGCCAACCGGUCGCUGGAAGAGUACGAGAAGGCUCUCUCGGACUACCGGUUUGAGCUGGGCAGCGAUGCGUUCAUCCGCAACCACCUCCGCCGACUCUACGAUGCCAUGUUGGAGCAGAACCUGAUCAAAGUGAUCGAGCCCUUUAGCCGAGUGGAGUUGGACCACAUUUCCAAGAUGGUCGGGCUGGACACGCAGCAGGUGGAGCGCAAACUUUCUCAGAUGAUUCUGGACAAGGUGAUUAUUGGUGUGUUAGAUCAAGGCUCGGGAUGUCUGAUCGUCUACGACGAGACGGAGCGAGACCAGGCCUACGACGCUGCCUUGGAUACUGUAGCCAAGCUUAGCAACGUGGUGGAGGAACUGUACACAAAUCAGGCCUCGCUCUUGGAGUGA